AUGCCUCCCCCCGUCGACUCCGCCCAUGUCGACGGAGAGGGAAGAAGGAGAAGUCUCAGGCCAAGGAAACAUCCUGCCAACGACAACAUUACGGAUCCUCCCACCCCUGCGACGGAAGUGGGGAGUCGCAGCUGCCUCAGACUCCGGAAGUGCAACAACCCCGCACCACCUUCCGCGCACGUGCCGCAGCAAACGAACACCGUGCCCAACCUUGAGCGGGAAAAAGGGAGUGCAAGGGCCAUCGGCUCCAGGACAAAGACUUGCGACCAAGUGGAGGACGACGGCAGCAAGUGCCUGCGGCGACCGUCGUUCGGGUUCCCUGGCACGAGACAAGAGAGCGUCGCGAUGCGCAUCCCACAAACUGGAAGGGCACGAGGACAUCACGUCUCGUCGAUGUGAUGGAGAGGGCUGCUCCAGGAUACCAUCGUUCAGGCAAGAUGCCCGGGGGCAAUAGUAAGAUAAAGGUUUUGCGCGGCGCACAAGCCCCCAGGGUAUGAGGACUAUCACAAGGGGGCUCGGAGCUGCCGCGUUGCGCCCGGAGGGUUCAAUGCCUGCAACCGGAACUCUUCCUUCGGGUUUAAGGGAGGCAAGCGCAUUAGCUGCGCUCAGCACAAGCAGAAGGGCCAGUUGAAGCCGAGAUCCCAACGUCGUGGAUGGGUCUACUGCUGCUGCAUACAGCACUGCGUGAUUUCCUGCCUGCCAUCAAGCGUGAGUGUACUGCCAUGUUGCCGCGUAUGGUGUUUUUGCGCCGAAGAGUCCACACACGACACCUGCGAGGGAGACGCAGACCAAAAAAAAGCCAUACAUGCACCUUGCUGUUCUGUGCCUUAUUACGGCUGUGCGGUAAACAUCAGCAGUCUACACGUCAUCAUCGUGCCUUCUUGCGGGCGGGUGGAAAUCUCUCUCCCGAACAGAACUGGCCUGCGUGUGACAAUGAUGUACUCCUGUAGAUUGAAAUCCUCGGCGUCGAGCACUCGGACGUAAGCGAUGAACCAAGCAGCAAGUCUUGUAGCAGCAGGUACAGAGUACAGAGCAGCAGGCACAGAGUACUGGUUGGGUUCUCUCGCUGAAGGCCGGGACCGCGAGACCGUAACACUCACUUCGUUUGAUUGGACGAUUCCAACAGUCUCGCCCCGCCGCCAGCGGUACAUCAACCCAAGCGAUUUACCAGGUUACUUCCCACACCGCUCCUCCCGACGAGGGCAUGCACGAGGACCAAGGGGGGAACGCGAGAGUGUCGAACCUGUUGGUGAAGGCUGACCGAUGGUUACUACUGAAGGUCAUUGUUGCCAGGGCGCACCCGGUGCAUCGAUGCCUUCGUCGUCGCCUUGAGCCAACCGUGCGGGGGAGGGAAGAAGCGCUGGUAUGCGUCGACACGGGAGCUGCAGCUGACCUCGCUGGAACUGUGCAGGGCGUGCCGAAGUACGUCGAUCUUGCACGUGCGUGUGAAUGACCAGACUCCUCGAAGCUUGUGGUCUUCUCGCACAGCACAGACCCGGCCGAAUACGCGCAGCUCGAAGCUCCGUAUCUCGAGCCGUGUACCGGUCUUGCGGGCUCUUCGUUUUUCCGUGGGCCCUGUCCAUGGACGAUCUGCUGAGGGGUGCUGCCAUCGAGCUGUGGACGUGGUCACAAUGUCUUGAGCUGCAGGGUCGGAAGUGGUUUGGCCCCGAGGGUUGACACAGCUGAUGUUGGUCGCAGAUUCGGAUAUCAUAAUGGAGAACGCGAGCUGGCCGGUGCACUUGCAAUAUCUUUCACUUCGGGGUCGUUUCAGUCAGCCUAUCGCCGGAGUGGCAUUGCCGGCGUCCCUACAACAACUAUCGUUCGGGAUCCACUACAAUCAACCUAUUACUGGAGUCACGUGGCCGUCCUCUCUGCAGCAGCUAUCGUUCGUGUACAACUUCAAUCAGCCCUUGCCGGAGUCGUGUGGCCGUCCUCCGUGCAACAGCCGUUGUUCGGGUCACAGUUCAAUCAGCCUAUCACCGGAUUCGCGUGGCCGACGUCCCUGCAGCAGCUGUUGUUCUGGUGCAGCUUCGAUCAGCCUUUUGCCGAAGUCGCGUGGUCAUCCUUCCUGCAACAGCUAUCGUUCGGGUACUACUUCAAUCAGCCUAUUUCCGGAGUCGUGUGGCCCUCCUCGCUGUAACAGCUAUCGUUCGGGGCAGAAUUUAAUUGGACUCUUGCCGGGGUCGUGUGGCCGUCCUCCCUACAGUCGUUAUCGUUCGGGUCAAGAUUCGAUCAGCCUCUUGCCAGAGUCGUGUGACCGACGUCCCUGCAGCAGCUGUCGUUCGGGUACAGCUCCGAUCAGCCUAUUGCCGAAGUUGUGUGGCCAUCCUUCCUGCAACAGCUAUCGUUCGGGUACUACUUCAACCAGCCUAUUUCCGGAGUCGUGUGGCCGUCCUCGCUGCAACAGCUAUCGUUCGGGGCAGGAUCCAACCAGCCUCUUGCCGGAGUCGUGUAGCCAACUUCGCUGCGAUCCAUGACUCGUGAUGCAAAAAGCGCGUUUUAAAAGCUCCGGGUGUGAUUUGAGAUGAUUGCGCAGGUUCGUUCAGCGUGUUUUGAAACGAUGUCUUUCGUACCGGUGCUGCAGUCCGAGCGCAUCAUAUGUUUUCAGUACUCAAGAGUAUUGACGUAAUCAAAUGAGGGAGAGCUGUUUCAUAUCCACAUGCAUUGAGGACUUACUUCGAAUGCUAAAUCGUCAACGC